GCUAGGAUAGGGAUUUGACGUCUUUGUUAAUGUUUUCAAUGACGUAUUUUUUAAUAAAUAAUAAUAAAUAAUAAUAUUUGUCCUAUAUUAAAUUAAUCCACUAUUAAUGAACUUGCAAGAUGCCUCCGAAACCAAUGUUAUCAUCAACGACAUUUGAUAAGCGAGAAAGUGUUACGGUCAUUACAAAUAAAACAAAUAGACGUGUAAGUUUUGGAGGAGCAAAACUUGCUGAAGAAACUGAGAUCCAAGCACAAGUUCAUGUACCCGAAGAAGGGUGCUGGGGCUGGGUGGUCGUUGCAGCCGCAUUUUGUGUAACAUUUAUCCUGGAUGGCAUAGCAUUGACAUUUGGAAGUAUACGUCCAGAUAUGACCUUAGACCUCAAUAUUUCUGAAACAAUUACAGCUUUAAUCAACUCGAUUGCUCUGGCUUUAUAUUUAAUAGCAGGGCCCUUAGUUUCUGCUUUAAUAAAUCGAUUUGGAUUUAGAGCUUGUUGCAUGGCAGGCUCUGUAACAUGUUCUCUCUCAUUAUUUAUCUCCUAUUUUUUAGCCAAUGUCGGUGGGAUUAUUCUGUUUUAUGGUUUAUUCUGUGGCGUCGGAUUUGCUCUAAUUAAUAUGUCUACGGGACUUGUAGUGGGCUUUUAUUUCGAAAAAAAUCGUUCUAUAGCAAUAGGAAUAGCUACACUUGGUACUAGUGUUGGGGUUAUGAGUUGGUAUCCAAUAAACUCAAAGUUAGUGACAUUAGCCGGUUGGCGCUCGGUGACCUUAUUCCAUUCGGGAAUGUUUGGGAUGAUUUAUUUUCUUGCAAUGACUUUUCGUCCUUUACUCUCGUUAAAUGUAGUUAAAGCCGAAGUUACAGAAGAGCCAACUCGUACAGUUACGUAUUUGCCGAAUGUGGCAGCUGCAACAUCUCAAGCAGAUCAACCUGACAUCGCUAAACCAUCACGAUCAGUACGUCUAUUCGCUGCAGUGAAGAACGAUCAGUUUCCCACAGCAGCCGAUGUGGUAGAAAAUAAUGAAGAAUCUCAAAUUCUAUCCAGCCAGCCAGGGCCUUCAGCUGUAUCUCCACAUGCCUCUAAACUGACGCUUACUGCAAUGACGUCAAAAAGUGGUAUUAGUAACCGUCAAUUACAACAAGUAAAAUCUAUAGCAUCUAAAAUUAGCAUGAACAGCGUCACAAAACAGCAAUUGCAAGUUAAUAUCCCAGAAAAAGAACCCAAAAAGGUGAGUUGUUGUGGACGACUCUGUAACUGGGAGCGACAUGUGCCCGAGUCACGACCCUUGUACCGGGAUGACGCAUUUUAUGACGGAAAAGUGGAACGUUUGCCUGAAUACCAAAGAAGUAAAGGAGCAGUGGUCGAUGAAGAAAAAACUGGUCUUGAGUACCAGCUAGCAGUGUCACGCACGGCGGCUGCACAAGAUUUACAAGAGCGUCGCGGCGUAUUCACUACAGCAGCCCGGAGAGUUCUUGCAACAAUGAUGGACCCCAAUUUAUUAAAAUUAAGUACAUUUAGAUACUUUUGUGCUGCGGGUUUCCUAAUAUACUUAGGCUUCCUAGUACCUGUCGCAUACAUACAAGUCAGAAACUUACAGGCUGGUGUUGACCCAAGGCAUUGUAGCUUAUUUGUAAGUGCGAUGGGAGGAUUUAAUGGUCUAGGCAGACUGGGUUAUGGUUUAUUAGCUAUCAAAUUUUGUCCUAUAAAAUUAUCUGUAGUUGGAUUGUGUACUGGCGGUGCGAUUACCAUACUGUCGAAUGUUUCAUUUAAUAUGUAUUUUCAGUAUAUCUAUUCCAGUUUAUUCGGCUUUAGUGUAUCUUGUGUGAUUAGCUGCAGGGCUUUGAUGCUUGUCAAGCUUUAUGGACUAGAGAAGUUAACAAAUGCAACAGGAAUGUUAUUAUUAUUUCAAGGAAUAGGGAGUUUAAUUAGCACACCGUUAGCAGGUGUUUUGAGCGAGCACUUUGGAUACACAGUUGCUUUUAUUGUAUCCGGAGCGUCUAUAUUCUUAGGUGGUCUAAUGUUGGCACGAAUGUAUUUAAUAUUUUUGAAUGAAAAAGUUUUGGUCCUAUCUCCAUCUGAAGGGUCAAAUCAGCCAGUAAACAACAAAAAGUAAUUUUAAGUGUCUUAAUUCAUUAUUAAAUGAAUAAAUGUAUGUAUGUCACAUAAUAUCUACUUAUUAUUAUCCUCUAGCCGCCCAUACGUCAAACCUUGCCAAGCAAAAUGAAAUUUUAUUUUGUCAACAGAAAGUUCAAAUUAGAAUGGAACAGGAGACCUUUUUAUAGGUCUCUGGGCGGCUAGAGGUUAAAUUUGAUUUUUGUGCUUCUUAAGGGGUUGUCACAUUUAUACUUUCUCAAGCCGUACACCCUCAGAUCUAGUGAUAUAUAGCGGAACAAACAAGUUUGUUACUAGAAAGAGGCGCGAAAUUCAGUUUUUCUAUGGGACGAUAAUCGAUAACCCUUCGCUCCUACAUUUUUUACAUUUGCCGAUCUUUUCUACUGACGGAAAUGGCUUGACAGAGAUAGUUGUCUAUCUACUAAUGUUUAUAUC